AUUGAAUAAUAAUCUGAAGAAUGUCUUAUGUACCUACUUUUUGCUCGACAGAAUAACCACUGUAUUUAAAAUUGCAGAUUUCUUAAAUACCUGUAACAUGGGAUGAAUUAAAACUAAAACAUUUUCUUUCUAGUCAAGGAUAUACAGUAUCGGAUAUCUAAAUGGCAAAAAAAGAUGAUCGUAUUAUAAAUAAUUUAUAAAUUAGCAAAAGCUAAAGGGUCAGCAAUAGUGAAAUUUAACAAAAUGUAAGAGGGUGAAAAAGCAACAAAAUAAUUGAAAGAAGUGGCAGUAGAUGGAAUGUAGCCUUUGGUACUUAAAUGGGCUGAUGGAGAGAAAGAUAGACUAGGAGUAGCAGAGGAAACAUCUCCAAAAAUAUAAAUAGAUGGAUUAUAAAAGGAUUGUGAAGAAGCAAUGAUAAAAGAAAUAUUCAUGAAAUAUGGUUAAGUUACUGAUGUUUAAAUACAGAAUUAAGGAUAGUCUUCAAUCAGUGCCAUAGUUUCAUAUACUUUUAAGGAAAGUUGCUUAUUGGCAAUCAAAAAUAAUCAUAAUAAAAAUUAGUUAGGGUACUCCAAUUCAAUUAUUUAAGUGAUCGUCCUUUAGAUGUUAGAUUUUUAGGUUAACCUGCAACUAUUGCAAAAUCUUAAUAUCCAGAAACUCCAGCUAAUGAAGAAGGAGAUCCAAUAAGAGAUAUUGUAUAUAUUAUAAUUCAUUGUUUAGACUAAAUCAUAUACAAGAUGGUUAGAUUAAAAAAAGAAACCUAUUUAUAUUCAUUGGGAAACUGGAGAAAUUGUAAGAAGGUUUCAAUUGUAUUUUAUUUAAUAGUGUAAGUUUUGGUUCUAUUAUAUAUUCACCUGAUGGUAGCAAAGAAAUUAUUACUAAAGAAAAAUAUUUGAAUGAUUUAGCUACUUUCAAUUCAAAAAAAACAGGUCCUCCUGGAGCAAAUCUAUUUGUUUUCCAUUUACCUAAUGAACAUAAGGAUUCUGAUCUUAUGGAUUUAUUUUCAUCAUAUGGAAAUGUUAUUUCAGCUAGAGUUAUGACUGAUCCUAAAACUGGUAAAAGUAAAGGUUUUGGAUUUGUCAGUUUUGACAAAUAAGAAAGUGCAUAAAAAGCAAAAGAAGCUAUGGAUGGUCAUUUGAUAGGUAUAUUCAAUAUAAAUAUUAAAGAUAAAAAAAAAUUAUCUGUUACAUUCAAAUAAGGUGAUGGAACUCCAUGUUAACCACUUUAAUAUUAAUGGUUACCAAGUAUUCAAUAAGUCCAAUUUGAUCCAUUUGAUUUGUGAUUUAUCUUCAAAUUUUAUAUUGUGUGU